AUGUCCCAGUUUGCUGUAGAUAAAAUUUCAAAACAAAUAAAUAAUCACUUAUCACCAAAAAUGCACAAACACAUCGUCAUCUGCCUCGCAUCUCAACUCGGUGAUUUUAACUCCUCGGCAUCUCGCAUCUCCUCAUCAAACCAAAACCCCUCCCACAGUUUCCAACCCACCACCAACCUCCCACAUAGCACACCACAAAAUAGCAGAAGCCAUCCAAUUCCCAACAACCCACCUCACCACCAACCCACAGGCACAAUCAUAUUAUCCACGAAACAGCCCAAAUCUCGGCGUUUACGCCCCGUGCGGGGAUGA